UGAUACAGCCAUUUCCGGUAACGACGACGGUGGACGAUUUUCCCAAAUCACAUACAGUAGCCAGUUGAAAUCGUCCUUUUUCAGAACCUUCCUACUUGAUCAAGUGAUUUCAAAACAGCCAAGAUGUCGGAAAGAAAAGUUCUAAAUAAAUACUACCCUCCAGAUUUUGACCCAUCAGCUAUUCCCAAGAUGAGGUUUUCUAAGAAUCGGACAUUUAACAUCCGUAUCAUGGCCCCCUUCAAUAUGAGGUGCAAUACAUGUGGUGGCUAUAUAUACAAAGGAAAGAAGUUCAAUUCAAGGAAGGAAAAUGUGGAUGAAGAAUUCUACCUAGGCCUGCGUAUCUUCAGGUUCUACAUUAAAUGUCCAACCUGUGUAGCAGAAAUAGCAUUUAAGACAGACCUAAAAAAUACAGACUAUACACUGGAAGCAGGAGCUACUCGACUUUUUGAGGCGGAGAAACUGGCUAAAGAAAUGGCCGAGAGGGAGAUCAAGGAAAAAGAAGAGGAAGAACUGAACAACCCAAUGAAGAUCCUGGAAAACAGAACAAAAGCCUCCCGGAAUGAGAUAGAGACUAUUGACAUCCUGGAGGAGCUGCGGGAGCUGAGUGCCCGCCAAGCGACUGUCAAAACGGAGACCAUGCUGCAGCAGCAUCGCGAGUAUGAACAAUAUUUACAAAAACUUCAGGAAGAGGAAGAGGAAAAGGAGAUCAGGUCCAUUUUUGGGGAGAGAGAGAAUGGGAAAAUUUUGAAGAGGAUAAAGGACAAUGAUGAUGAUGAUGAAGAUGAACCGAAGACCAAGAAAGUAGUAUUUCCGCCCAAGCCUACUGAUAUUUUGUCUACUGAGAUGCCAGCUACAAAUGAGACCAAGAAACAUGAGAAAAAGCCUACAGCAAGCUGGCAGAGAAGUGUUGGAGGGUUGUCUAGCAAAGGUGGUCUUAAAAAUCUUGUGAAGAAAAAACAGCCAAAGACAUCUUGUGAUAUAAAGGUGACUCCUAAACCUCCAGGUACUGAAAACGCUGCUAGUAGUACAGACAAUGUAGCUGGUAACUUAACAAAUCUGUCACAUCCAGCAUUGAGGGAAGACAAGCAACAAAACACUGAAAAUGUUACUAGAGAUAUAGCUACAGAGUCUGUGGCUGGUGUCCGUCCGUCUGAGGACAAGGAGGAAACAAAGACUGAAACUAAUGGACCAACACCUUCAUCAUCUACAACCUCUACAACCUCAUCUGAUCCGGCACCGUCAGGUCAGAUAGUAUCCUCAUCACGUGGACUGUUAGGGCUUGGCUAUUCAGACAGUGAUGAGUCCGAUGAUUAGGAUGUGAUAAUCAAUAAAUGCUAAUACAUCAUGCACUAUCUUUUAGUUGAAAACUUUUAAUGUAGAACAGCAAAAAUUCAGUCCAAUCCAAAAAAGGGGAAGGAGAGUUUAGUUUUAACAUUAACUAAAUAUCUGGAAUGUAUAAUUCAAGUUAAGUUUAAGUUUGGUGUCAAAUACCAAUUUCAGGGCCCUUUCUGAUGUGUUUUAGUUUUGAUUUAUCUGGUACAAAUGUCGUUUCCUAGAAGAUCAGCCUUGAUGUGUAAUCUAAUCUGUUUAGUUUACUGUUGAAAGCUUUCUGUGAACAAAAUGAUAAGGAAGACAUACAUGAUUUCCUUUAAAAACUGUUCAGAUGUUUUAACCUAUAAUUCUUUGACUAUGCAAUUGGUUGUUUGUAUUGAUAUCAGUUACAUAAAUACCCACAUGUCCAGAAUGAUAGGUCCUGUAAAUGGCGAGGAAUGUGUACGAGUGAAGUAAUUAGUGUUGACAAUGGCGAGGAAUGUGUACGAGUGAAGUAAUUAGUGUUGACAAUGGCGAGGAAUGUGUACGAGUGAAGUAAUUAGUGUUGACAAAAGGAGGGUGUUUGGUACCCGGCCUUCUGUUGGAGUUAAACUCUGUACAGAUAGAGUCAGAGAUGUGUACACAUUCAUACAUGUAUAAACUGUAUACAGAAGUUAUAUUUAUGAAUAAAAAAUGAAUAGAU